AUGUAGCUCGUAACCCAAUCUCACCUCCAUGUUCAAAAGACGAUGAUCAAUCAUCACCUCCAUGUUCAAAAGAUGAUCAAUCUCAACAUCUAUCUCCUGUGGUAGCAGCUGGUGGUGAGAAUCCAGCUCUACCCACAUCUGUAGAGUCCUCUUUAGCUAUUCAAUCUCAAGAUGGUGGUGGUUCUACUUCAAUCCCAGUUAUUGAUAUACCAGAUUCAGAAGAAGAGAAAGGUGAAGAGCCCAACACUAAUGAAGACCCAGCUCAGAAAGGAAGUCAUGUAAUUGCUGCUCCUGUUGGCCAAUCACGACGUCGACUUUCUACGAAUGAAAGGGCCUUAGUCGAAAAACUGGUGUUAAUGCAUGAAUAUUUAUCUGGUAUAAAUGGAAUUACAGUUGAUCGUGGAAUUAUCUUCACGCAGCCAACUCUAGAUGAACUCGUAUCCCUGAUGAGCAAAGGUUUUGAAAAUAUUGGUCGAAGAAGGUUUCGAAUCCGAAUGGAUCCCAAAAUUGGACGUCAAUAAGGCCAUUAUUGAAUGUUGCACCCCAGUUAUAGGGUGUGUGUUCCAGCCUCAUCACUUGAUGUCUACCAUAAUUGGAGACACCAUUGCUAAGCUCCUGGAGUUUUGUCGUGUUGAGUGCUCAAGAAUAGCCCUAACGGCGGACUAUGGAAGUGAGAUUGCUGCUACAAUUGAACAGCUGUUGGAAAAGUACCCAACUGGGGAAGGUGUAGAGACACUUUCUAUUGGAAAGUUACAGAGAUAUUCUAACUUUGCAAAUAAAAGGCUUAAUGAUGAUGGCAACUUCAGUGAAAAGGCCAAGCAAGGACUGAUUCUCCUCCAGGAAGGGGGUAGCGACAUCCACGACAAGGCUUGGGAUCUGGUCCGCAAGAUCAGCCAAAAGCACUUCCAUCAGAUUUACGAGCGCCUUGGCGUUUUCCUUGCUGAACAGUGCUACAAGUCCUAUAUCCCAAAAAUUACCAAUGUUCUGAAUUUACUGGAGGAACAAGCAUUGUUGUUGGGAUUUGCUGGUGUUGAUGGGAAUAAAGCUGCUGCCUGGAUCAAGAUUGAUGACAAAAAGACGCUUCUCUGACGGAACCUGCAAUCAUCUGGCAGUCAAUCUAACGGCACUUUGGCAUCGUUUAGAGGAGGAGAAAGCUGAUUGGAUAAUACACGUCGAUCUGGAUUUUUUAAAUGAAGCACAUUUUCAAAAGUGCUUCAAGAUUGCCAAAUGUGCACGUUUACUCCCUGUUAAUGAGAACUCAACCCCCAGGGUUAGUUUUAUGGCACUACAAUUGGUUGACACUGAUGCGCCUGCUUGCCAUAGUGUGCUUGGUUUAUUGGAUUACAUCAGAAGUCAGUUUGAGGCGGAACUAACUAAGAGAGAGUUUUCUGCUGAGAAGAUUGCCAACUUAGCUGGGGGACUGGCUUAUGGGGGGUUGAGGUACGCUGUCCUGAAAAACGACCGAGAGAGGAGCCGCUCAAGUUUGAUUCUGCUUACCACCUAGUAGAUGUCUAUGAUGAUAUCCGUGAUUCCAUCAGGAAGUCUGGCAGACCUAUCAAGGAUUUGAACAGAGUAUGUUUUGUGAUUCCGAUCGUUGAUUUCUGAUGCCUGUUCCUUGAAGUGAAUUUUGUGAUGAAGUAAUUUUAUGUUUAGUAACUGCUAUGAUGUGAAAAUUUUGGAUCCUCUUCUGUUUUGAAGCCGGAAUGAAGAAGUGCAUGGAGUUGCUAGGGAUUCCAAUCCUUGAUUUCUGAUUCCUGUUCCUUAGUUUUACUGGAUUUUAGUAGUUGUUAGUGAAUUUUGUGAUGAGGGAACUUACGUUUCAUAGCUGCUAUCAGUAGUUGAUAGCGAGUUUUGUGAUCAAGGAACUUGUGUUUCAUAGCUGCUGUUAUAUAAAAAUUUUGGAUCCUGUUCUAUUUUGAACUAAUAUGAAGUCUGGAGAGCUGUACCUUUAACUUUCUUUA